UCGUUGAUGCGGAAGUAUGUACAAAGUUAUUUGCUUUUGAACGUUCAUUCCGCUUUACACGGUAAAUAACACGUGCGUCAAUCUCACAGAGCAAAUAGACAGUUCAAAUCAUAGUCUCUGCGCCUCAUAGUAUUCAGGUUCAGUAUUGCAGUAUUUUAUUUAUACACGUUGUCAGUUUAUCGGCAAGGAAUAAACACAUGGACCAUUUGGUCUGAUUUUGUUUCCCACCAUAGUUCCAAGCUAAGCAAUGAUGGACCGAGAGUCCUGGCUGAACUGUGAGAAGACUGCUGUUUUGCAGGGUGGAUUUCUGCUGGCAAAUCAGUUAUGCCAGCCAGAGUCUCUAUCCACUUUGAGAAAAGAGGACUGGGAGCACAUUGGACGCCCUAUUGUUCAGGCUGUCACUGAAGUAUGUGGACAGUUGUGUGCAACCAACCAUGAGAAGCUUCACUGGAGAAAGAGGAUUCUGUGUAUUCUAUGGAGCAAAAUUUUGGAAAUUGAGAAAGGGGAAGAUAUCGAUAUCAGAUGGAGGGAAAACCCAUUAUUUGCCAUUCAGAAUACCCUCCCUGAUAUUAAUCAUACAGUACUGUUUGAACUGAUCAAAUCCAUGGACUUCUUCAGCAUCUAUGUUGAGUUGCUGCAGUGCUUUGACUCAGUCCAACAGUGCACAGAGCUGGAUAGAUUAGUCAAACAUGUUACAAGGGACAGCACAGAAGCUGAUGCGAAAUUCUUGCUGGAGGUGUGGUGGGAGCUGUUGAAAGGAAGAAAAGAAACAGAGGACAACCUAGACCAAAUCUUUAGUUCCCAGUGUGUAUGCUUUACAGAGACCCUCUCUGACUGCUCACCACAAGCUUCAAAACGAUUUAAACCAGACCCAGAUUUGGAUGUGUCCACCACGUGCAUAAUGUCCAUCCUAUACCAAGGACUGAAGGACAUAAAGGACACUAUAACUUCAUCUGAGAUAUGUUAUUUGGCUCUCUCCAACUGCCUAGACAUGCUGUACACCUUCUAUCUGUUGAACCAGGCAACAGACCUUCCAGCUGAAGUCAAACUCCAAAACAUUGCCUGCUCAGUGAGCCUGCGAAAGAGAAAUAAUCCUUUGGGAGGGGUUGAUCUUAUUCAGGCCAUACACGAGUCUUACAGAGAUCUUGCUGCUACACUCAUUCCUGCUCAGAGCAAGCCACGUGGAAUUACACUGAUCCAAGCCAUGGACACAGCACUUGAAGUAAUACAUGUAUGGGAAAAAAGAGGGUUACUGAGGAUGCCCACUAAUGACCCGAGUGCUUUAGCAAUCCGUCUCAAGGAUAGUCUGGGCAGAGUUCUUAAGUCUUUGGAAGUCCAGUCUGGAAACCUUGGGGAAAAUGGUCAGACAGUAAAUAGUUUGAAAAGAACUUUGGAAGAUUUGCUUGCAUCCUCGUCAUUUAAUGUGCCUGAAAGUCCAUCAAGUGAAAUAGCAAGUAUUGCCAUAACGAUCAUUGAUGGCAAUCUGAAGGGUUUUGAGGAUCUUCCUAAACUUUUUGCCUCCAAAUUGUGCCAGACUUUCAGUGAUGCAGAGUGGCUAAGCUGCCUUGAGAGAAACAAAGGUGCAUUUCAGGAAAAAGACCUUGUCAUGGCCUUAGUCUCUUCUCUUAUAUCCAAAUGCCAAAGUGAUGCUGAUGUAAAACACUGCAAAAAGUUCAAGGAUAUUGUUGUGGAAAUAUUUUCCCAGCUGCCUUUACCAGACAAGAAUGCAAUUCUUUCAGAAAUUCUUACCUUAUCAAAGAAAGGUUUGCAUGGCUGCCUUCCCAGCUCUGUAACAACAGGCUAUGAUGAGGAACUCAAUCUGGCUUUUAAUUGCAUCAUUCAGGGUGAAGCAAAAAGCAGCCUGAGCUCAGCCAUCAAUGCUGUGGCUCUCAUGGCCUUCCAGAACCCUGAGGCUACCAUGCAUCGGUGCUGCCACAUGGCUGUGGUGAACCUCGGCGCUCAUACUCUCCUUGCUCAGAUUCUCCAGCAGCUCUCUGGACUUAUGAGCACAUCAAAGAACCCGAGUGGGACAAGAAAUAAAGAAUACAAUUUGUUAUGCAGCUGUCUGCAAGAUACUAUGUGGAACAAACUCUCUUCAUGUAAAGAGGAAGACCAGUUUCUUUGUUUCCUGUCAGCAUUAAUGGAGUCCAAGAUUACUGGCCAAAGGGGAGAAGAACUAAGCUUCCUCUUACCAGAAGACAUUGUACAUGCGUUUGUCUUGCCUUAUCUCUCCUUUUCAUGCCCCCAACCCUGCAGACUUGAAGUGUGCCUACGACUUUUCCAAUCAGCUUUGGCCCAUAUAUCCACAGAUGAUGAUAUGCAAUGGAUAAUGAACUGCUCUCCAUUUGCUCUCCUAUACUGUCUUGCUCAGCUUUUGAAUAAUUGCAGUAAGUGCUGGGACCAACAAUUAGAGGGUGAUAUUGGUUUGUCUCUUGAAUCCAAAGAACUGUUGAUCUCCAUUCUGACCACAGUGGGCAAGGCAGUUGGCAAGGAAGUGGCUCUAGCUCCUAGUACUUGGUCCAGAGCACUUUCUUGGUUUUAUGCGAAAGUGGAAGAACUAGACUGGACUGUCCGCAUUCACCUAAAAGUAGUCUGGGGAGAGCAUUUCAAAUAUGAGGUGCCAAGUUCUCUCAUGGCUGUAUCUGACCUUUCUGAGCAGGAAUGGUCAGGAUUGGUGUUGCCUCACUAUGGUCAAGGCACUGGCCUGUUGGCCUGGAUUGAAUGUUGUUGUCUCUCAGAUAACAUUCAGGAAAUAAUGCUGGACUCCCUAUCUCUAAACUUGCUCAACCCAGAGGAAGUAACCAUGUUCAGUAAAGGCCUGCUGGUGGCAGUAUCUCAGGUUCUUCCCUGGUGCACAGUUGGCGAAUGGCAGCGACUACUGAAAGUGUUGCAUGAAUUGCUCCAGUCAGAUAAGCUUCAUGUACCAUACUCACUGGAAUAUGUGGACUUCCUCCCAUUACUUGACCUUCGUUUUUUUGCUCAUGAAUUACAAGCGUCCGUGUUCCUGCUGCGUACGCUUCAGCUGCUCUGUGGCUCCAGCUGUGCAGGGUGGCUGCCUCCAAAAGGCUGGGCACAUGUAGGCCGGCUCUGUGCUACAGCCAUGAGGGGCAUCAUAGACUCUGUGAAGAACAAAGUGCCACUCCAAUCCACCACCACCUCUCCUACAAGUGGAAAUCUCAGUCAGGAGGUCCUGUUUGUGCUGACUCAGCUGUUCUGCCAUGUGCUUCACAUACAGGUGAUGAUGCCUGGACAGCCAGAGCCUUUGUUUCUGUGUGCACUGGACAUUCUGUCCCACUAUGAAUCUCUACUGGCUGCAUACCCCAAGAGCAGCACUGCUGUACAGGUAGCUAAUACACGCCACUUCCUUACCACCAUUUCAGACAAUCUGCAGUGCACAGACAUGAGAGCUGUCCUGCACCAGAAGAUUGCUCAGCUAUGAGGAUAAAAUGCCAAAUGUAUGUUAUUGAUUUAUAAACAAAUCUCUUUAGACUCUUCCAUUUACCCUCACAAUAAAAUGCUAUUAGCACAGGA